GGGAUUCCGCCGCCAUCAAGCGCCGUCUCGACCUCUCCCGACCAACUCACAGCCCCCAACCCGCACUCGCCCCAAACCCUACUGCUCCCGCUCCGCUUCCCCUUCGCCUCGCGCCCUUGCGCUUCCUUCCCCACACCUCGCCGCCGCCGCCGUCUCCGGCGAGAUCUCCGGGGGGAGCAAGCGAGCGAGGCGAGGCAUCAGCCAUGUCGCUCCGCGUGCUGAACCCGAACGCCGAGGUGCUCAACAAGUCGGCGGCGCUGCACAUGAACAUCAACGCCGCCAAGGGCCUCCAGGACGUGCUCAAGACCAACCUCGGCCCCAAGGGCACCAUCAAGAUGCUUGUUGGUGGAGCUGGUGACCUCAAGCUAACCAAGGAUGGGAACACCCUCUUGAAGGAAAUGCAAAUUCAGAACCCAACUGCCAUCAUGAUUGCGAGGACGGCCGUGGCGCAGGAUGAUACCAGUGGCGAUGGUACAACCUCUACUGUGCUUUUCAUUGGUGAGCUAAUGAAGCAGUCUGAGCGGUGCAUCGAUGAAGGUACUCAUCCAAGGUUUUUGGUUGAUGGCUUUGAUGUUGCCAAGAGAGCAACUCUUGAGUUUCUCGAGAAAUUCAAGACACCAGUUGUUAUUGGUGAUGAACCUGACAGAGAUACCUUGAAAAUGAUAGCAAGAACAACUCUCAGAACAAAGUUGUAUGAAGGAUUGGCUGAUCAGUUGACGGAUAUUGUUGUGAAUGCGGUUCUAUGCAUCCGCAAACCAGAGGAACCCAUCGAUCUUUUUAUGGUGGAAAUAAUGCACAUGCGCCACAAAUUCGAUGUUGACACCCGCCUGGUUGAGGGUCUGGUUCUGGACCAUGGCUCACGGCACCCUGACAUGAAGCGCAGGGCAGAAAACUGUUACAUCUUGACCUGCAAUGUCUCAUUAGAAUAUGAGAAAAGUGAAAUCAAUGCAGGAUUUUUCUACUCGAAUGCAGAACAAAGAGAGAAGAUGGUUGCUGCAGAGAGACGCCAAGUUGACGAACGUGUCAAGCGGAUCAUUGAGUUGAAAAACAAGGUUUGCGCUGAAGGUGACAAAAACUUUGUGGUGAUCAAUCAGAAGGGCAUUGACCCUCCAUCCCUGGAUCUCCUUGCUAGAGCAGGGAUUAUUGCUCUUCGAAGAGCAAAGAGGAGGAAUAUGGAGAGGCUUGUGCUAGCAUGUGGUGGUGAAGCCGUCAAUUCAGUUGAUGACUUGACUGAAGAUUGUCUUGGCUGGGCUGGGCUUGUCUAUGAGCAUGUUCUUGGCGAAGAAAAGUACACAUUUGUGGAGAAUGUAAAAAACCCUCGCUCCUGUACUAUACUGAUUAAAGGACCCAAUGACCACACUAUCGCACAAAUUAAGGAUGCUGUCCGUGAUGGUCUAAGAUCUGUUAAGAAUACAGUUGAGGAUGAAGCAGUUGUGCUGGGUGCUGGUGCUUUUGAGGUUGCUGCAAAGAAGCAUCUUAUUGACAAUGUGAAGAAAACCGUCAAAGGGCGAGCACAACUUGGGGUUGAAGCAUUUGCGGAAGCUCUUCUUGUUAUACCCAAGACCCUAGCGGAAAACUCUGGUCUAGAUACCCAAGAUGUCAUUGUUUCCCUUCAGAACGAGCAUGACCGUGGAUUGGUCGUGGGAUUGAACCAUCACUCUGGGGAACCAAUUGAUCCCCAGAUGGAGGGCAUCUUCGAUAAUUACUCCGUGAAGCGCCAAAUCAUCAACUCUGGACCUAUCAUUGCGUCGCAAUUGCUGCUGGUGGAUGAAGUGAUCAGGGCAGGCCGCAACAUGAGGAAACCAACUUAGAUACUCUGUAAACGGCUAGCUGAGAUAUUCGUUCAUGAGCUGUCAUGGGUUUUGUUUGGCAAUUUUACCCCCUUUUUCUUCUGUUCUGUGCUUAGUAGUGACCUGGGUGAUACACUUGGGGCUUCAGUUAGUCGCCCAUUUCACGUAGCAGGUUGCACUUGUAAUAUCUUUGACUCGUGUUUUGUGAUGGAUUACCGCGUGCUCAUAUUUCAACCUGGGGUGUCGUUGAGGCCUGCUGAAAGUUUACUGGAGAAUCGAAUGAAUGAGUUCUUUUCACUUGUA